UGUCCCGGGCCUGACAGCCGCCGUCGUAGCCGCCCUCGCACCGCCCCAGAGCCGCCGCCGCCGCGCAGUCGGGUCCCUGGGAGCCGCCACGGAAGCCCGGAGCGAGCCCGGGAGGCAGCCGCGCGCCUUUGUGCGCGCCGAGGGUGAGAUGCCAUGUGGUUAUAAGUUGUCUGGUGAGGCAGUGUCCUGGGUUGCUUUUAGCAGGUGAACUGCCCCUCUAGCACAGAUGACUCUUCAGAGACGGCCCACUGGAAGCUGACCCGUCGGACCCCUACCUCAUCCCGAGAAGCAUCAUGGCGGAGCCUGACUACAUGGAUGACGACAACCCUGAGCUCAUCAGACCUCAGAAGCUCAUCAACCCCGUCAAGACGUCCCGGAACCACCAGGACCUGCACCGAGAGCUGCUGAUGAAUCAGAAAAGAGGUCUUGCCCCUCAGAAUAAACCUGAAUUGCAGAAAGUGAUGGAAAAGAGGAAACGAGACCAAGUAAUAAAGCAGAAGGAAGAGGAAGCACAAAAGAAGAAGUCUGACUUAGAAAUAGAACUAUUAAAACGACAGCAGAAGUUGGAACAGCUUGAACUUGAGAAGCAGAAAUUGCAAGAAGAGCAAGAAAAUGCCCCGGAGUUUGUGAAGGUGAAAGGCAAUCUCAGGAGAACAGGCCAAGAAGUGGCCCAAGCCCAGGAGUCCUAGGCUGAAGCUGGGUAAGACCUGGGAUGUUCUUGCCCAUUACUGCACAGAGCUGUGUCUGCAGGGGCCUCCUCAGCGCUUCAUCUCAGGGCAGAGCCCCUGGAGAGAAUUCCAGCCAGCAGAGAAUUGUGGAUUUAGGUUUGAUUUCCUACAACCUGAGUGAGUAACUUGUCUGUGACAGUUGCAUUUCCAGUUCGCCAAAUGAAAGACUCUCACCAGCACAUGAGUUGAAAUACUGGACCUCUGUUCGGAGACUGUACAAUGACGAAACAAGGAAAACCGAAGGGGACACUGGAACAAAUUCUUGAGUUGCACAACUUGUUUUUUCUUCCAAGUUUAGUGAGGCAUCAUGGAGCUGCCUUUCCUUUUUUUUUUCUCUCUCUCUCUCUCCCUUUAAGAGUUAUAGUAAAUAUGUUUAAUUCCACUUUUAGGUUUCUAGUAAAUAAUUCAGGUUACUUUGAAAUGCAUUUACUACAUUAUUUCUAGUAUUUACAAAUCUAAAAAUUUUAUUGUGGAAGCCUCAGAUUUCCUUGUUACUUUUGCCUGUGUCAGAGUUAAUACCAGAGAAUGUUACAGCAAUUACAUUUAUUGGCACUAAAAUUCACAAGUUGGAUGAGACGGUUUAAAGACCUAUAAACAUUCAUUUUAAUCUAA